AUGGCCUUCGAACUCGCAAACAACUAUCGUGGCGCACAUUUGGUGGUGCAACCAUCCGACUUAGCACUAAACCCGCCGGAAAGCUAUCUGUAUAUUCAGGAUGGGCUCAUCAUCUCUUGCGGCGUCAUCUAUGCGCUUUGCUAUGUAUUCUACAUGAUACGUACAUAUCGCGACAAGACAUGCGCCGGUUUCAUCGAGUUCACCUGUGGAACGAUGGCCUACGAGAUAUUCUAUGCCUACGCUACAACGACUACAACAUUUGAACGCAUCAGCUUUUCCAUGUGGUUUUUGCUGGACUUUACAUUUGCAGCAGUUACGAUUCUUAGCACCCGGGCGCCUGGUACUCGCUCUCCAGUGGUCGCAAGGAUGAUUUUUGGUGUCAUUGCCUGUUUAGCGUUCUUCUGGAAACUCGCGCAAAUAUGGCCAGAUGAACGAGAACAGAUUACUGCCUACUGGACUGGGCUGGCUUUGCAAUUUCCCAUCGGAUGGGGAAGUCUGUACUUGUUGAUCAAGAAUUGGGACACCAAAGGCCAUUCGUUGGAAAUCUGGAUCACAAGAUAUCUUGGUUGCUGGACAGCGUACGGUGUGUUUGCAUGGCGCUAUCUGAACGUGCCGCAGAAUUGGUCGUACGUUGGUUCAGGGGUAAGUGUUGCGGUUAUCGCUUUGACCAUGGUUCCAGAGACGAUAUAUCCUUUUGUCUACAUCUGGGUACACAAGACGAAGAAGGAAAAGACAGUGACAAGAGAUGUUGCUUAUCGCGAUCAGAAGGUCUCUCUUUAG